AUGGGAUCACGUCCUCGUGGAGGCCGGGGCAUGGCCAGCCGAGAUGGCAAAGAGACUGAUCUGGAAAACGACUUCCUCAGUCGAGCGGUGGAAAGCCUCCGAAAGGCUCAAGGAUACAACGAUGAAUCCAAACGGAUCGGGCUAGAAAUCGUGACCCUCGAAGACGAGAUUAAAACAAAUGGCCAUUCCACGCCUGAUAAUCACCGACGUCUUGACGCGCUCUAUCGAGAGAAUCUCAGAUAUGCAGAAAUGGAGAAGAAGGUCCAUGAUGACGAAGACAUUAUCAACAAUCUCGCGAUCUUGGCGACGAUGAAGACCAAUGACGACCUUGCACCCCGAAAUGGGCAGCAGAAGUCUCGCAAACACCAGAGACCGACGAUCGAGCCAGACAUUGUGGUGGAAUCUCCCGGGCCCAGCCCAGGAGAUGGUCGCCUCGAAAUGAUAAAACGGGUCAAGGGCACCUCUCAGCGAAGCUCUAGUACUGCUAGUCAAAAUCGAACGGCUGCCGGCGCCAAAGACGACGGAGCUGACACGCACAGAGGUAUACAGGCAGAGAAGGCCGGGCAACUCAUUUCUGGAACCGAAGUGUUCUAUAAAUAUCCCAAAGACCAACAGGAGCAUGAAGAGGGUGUCGGUAUUCAUGGAAUCAUCAAGAAAGUGUGGCAUGAGAAGAAACCGAUUCAAUACGAUGUUAGAGAUCCCGAGGACGACGCUUCCGGAAAACAGACAGUGCGCAAGGCGACCGCAAGGGACCUUGUGCCAAUUCCGCAGAGCGUGGCUAAUAUCCCACAAUUUCCCACCGGGGCGAAUGUGUACGCCAAAUACCCUGACACCGACACUUUCUACCGAGCCAAGGUCAAGAGCUUUCAGAAAGGGAUGUACAGCCUCAAAUUCGACGAGGACGACAAGGAGAUGCUUGUCGACGUGAGAUUUGUGCUGGACUCGAGACUGAGAUGA